AUGCCGUCAUCACCGACUAUCGACUUGAAUACGUUAUCUUCCGAACUGCAUAAAAUUGCUUUAGCAAAAAUUAAACUUGAAGAUUUGAAUAAACGUCGAAAUGAACUGUUGUCGGAGUUGGCGGAUUUUCAACAAACCAAAAAAUUCAUUGAUGAAGCGCAAAAAACAAUCACUGAGUUAAAUGAAGAAAAAGAUUCACACAGUGAAAUGAUACAACAGAUCAAUUUGCUAGAAAAAGUGAUGAAUUCGGCAAAAGAGGAUCGCCGACAAAUGGAAGAAAGUAUCUCAAAAAAAUAUGAUGAAAUUUAUCGACUGCUGGAACAGACCAAUGAAUUGGCCCGAGAAAACGGUGUAGCUGAGGAAGACUUAAUAUCAGCAUCUAUAGUACCACCAAACAAAUUUACAACAAGUACACCAUCGUCAAUGACCAGCAUCUUAAGGCAGUUCAAAUCGAUACAACCGAUAGUACCGCCAGGUAUGUUUAACUUUGAUCCACUGUUACUACAAACAUCACCAACACUGCCUCGUCCACCUCCGCCUCAAUCCUUGGGUCAUAUUGUACCUCUGCCAUCGAUUUCUAAAGCAGAUCACCAGUCACCACCAAUGAAGACAUGUCAGUCAUGUUUUCAACAAAUUCACCGAAACGCUCCGAUAUGUCCGAUGUGUAAGUGUAAAAGUCGUUCUAAAAAUCCGAAAAAACCAAAACGGAAGGCCACAGAAUAG